AUGGCAAGCCAACCGGCAGCAACUGCCGCAGCUGCAGCCUCUAGCGCCGCCGCCGCCCGCGGGUGGGCGUCGAGCUUGUGGCACUCGCCGCGGGUAGUGAAAGCCCGGACGCUGUGGGACGAAUGGGGCAUGGCUCUCGGCAUUGUGCGUGUCCUCGUCACACUGUACUUUGUCAACCUCUCGUCGACCCAUCUGGAGCUGUUUGUCCUCGGCGUGCCAGGCAUGCCCUGGUUCUCGCCCUUUGUCCUCGUCGCCGCUCUCCUCGCCAUGGCCAACAAGUGGUUCCACAUCACCGGCUCGGUCCUUGUGGCCAAGGCGAGCUACGACACCGGCUACAUCAUCCUCUCCCGCAUUGUCCAAUGGCUCUCUGGUGGCCCGUUUUAUGUCAACGAGCUCAUGGUCAAGAUGAUGGCCAUUCUCGGCUGCGCCGUCCUGCUCCUCUCCCGCGACGGCUACUUUGCCGACGUCAAGACCCCGUCGGCUAUCGCUGGCCUGCUCCUCUCGCAGCCGACCCGUGCCGAGCGCGAGGCCUCGUCGCCGCGCCGCUCACUCCUCCUCCUUGCCUCGCGCCUCCUCAUGUGCUCGCUCUUCAUCUGGGUCGGCGUCACUGAGCUCUCGCGCCUCGCCGUCACCGAGGUCCAUCACGGCGACCACGUUCAUCGCAGGCCCGACGGCGACGGCCAUGCCUCGUUCUGGCCCAAGGUCUUCCAGUUUGUCUUUGCCCUCCCGCUGCUCGUCGGCCUCGGCACUCGCUACGUCUCGCGCGCCCUCGCCGCCGUCCUUGCCUUUGAGGCCCUGUGCUCGGUCUCGGCUACGCCAUCCACGCCCGCCAUCACUUUGCCGUCAACAUGGCUGUAG